AUGGACUCCAGAAGAACUGAAAGCGACUGGCAAGGUUUAGUGAACGAGUUUCUGAUUUGCAGGCGUAAGCUGGACAGUAAGAAGGAAGCCCUUUUGAUUUUGUCCGAAGAGUUAGACACAUGUCAGCAGGAGCGAGACCAGUACAAGCUGAUGGCCAAUCAGCUUCGCGAGAGACACCAGGGCCUGAAGAAAAAAUACAGAGAACUUAUUGAUGGAGAUCCUGCAUUACCUCCAGAUAAACGCAAUCAGGUAAAUCUAGCCCAGCUGUUGGGAAAAUCCCGGGAAAGAAAUAAACAGUUAGCAGAGGAGGUCAAGGAACUGACUCAGAGAUUGAGUGAAGCUUAUGGUGACAACAAGCUUUUAAGAAUGACCAUAACUAAGCAGAGGCUUGGAGAUGAUGAAGUUGGCGUCAGGUAUUUCCCUGCUCAUGAGCGUGAGGAUCUAGUCAAGCAGCUGGAGGAGGUUGGGUUGCAGAGAGAAGAGCUGGAGAACAAUCUAAAGGCAAUAAGUGAUGAGUUAGAGGAUGUAAAGGCUGAAAGAAAUGUGUACAAGGAGAAAGCUGACCGCCUCAAUCUUGAACUCAACCAUGUACUGGGUGGCAGGGGCAAACGCAUUAUUGAUGUGGACGCUCUUUGCAUGGAGAAUAAGUAUUUGCAUGAGAGGUUAAAACAAAUACAAGAGGAAGUAAGACUGCUGAAAACUAACAUUAUGAAAUACAAGAAUGCUCUGGAUCGAAGAAAAAACUCCAAAAUAAGUAACAGCCUGUACAGUAGUGCACUUAUUGGUGUGCUGUCUGCCAAACAGAUGCAAGAUUUACUGUCAGAGGAUAAUGGAUGUGGUCUUCCUGUUACGCCUCGUUCUUUGUCUGACCUCAAGUCUCUGGCCAUGGCUCUGCUGGAAACCGUCCAUGAGAAAAACAUCGCUAUUCAACACCAACGCCAGACUAACAGGAUUCUAGGAAACAGAGUCUCUGAGCUGGAAAUGAAAUUGAAGACGCUGGAGGUAUCUGGACUUUGGAGUCUGCCAGGAGGUAAAGAUGCUAUUUCACUGAGCGAGAAUCAGCACGUCAAUUCUCCCACUUCACUUGGCCUUCCUUUACAGCCUGUGCCCAAUGAACGCCCGACUGAUUUACAGACUUCAGAUGACAGGACAGGAAGUGGAAGGCUAAUGUCUUGGGAACUGGACACAGCUGGCAAUGACAGCUUCCUGAACGUGUGGCCCCGCUCCCGCCUCAGUCCAGAUGGAGGUGGAGACGAGGUGGAGACACCUGUCACCUCUGAGCACAGGGAGGAGACGGACUCUCGUGGGGCAGAUAUCAUGAGACAGACGGACGAGCAGCAACGUGAUGAAGUAAAAGCGGGGACGAUCUCGGAGGUAGAACCAAUCACGGAGCAGCAUCCUGUUGUAGAGGAGGGGGAGGUUGUAGAAGGGGACAGUGGCUUGACCGUGGAAGAAGGUGAAGAUGCGGCAAUCGCACUGGCUUCUCCACUGUCGGAUAAGUCUGAUCAUUCACCAGUCUACGCAUCUAUGUGUAUGUCUUCCAGUAGCAGUGAUCAGAUGUUUGACUGUAGCUGUCAUGAUUUUGGAUUAGCUACGGAUCCUGAAGGCACGUUAGAAGAAAAGUACUUAAGUCUUUCUUCUGUUUCUAAAGAGCCCUUCACUACAAGUGCUCCACCUUUUAUACAUGAGUGGGGUCUGGACUAUCAAGCAAGAGAGAUUGAUAGUCCUCACAGUGAAAGUGUGGCCUAAACAUUUCAAUAUUUUUUUAAGAUUUAUCACCAAGGAGUGAUUUACAUUUCAUGAUUUUUAGAUGGUGACCUGUUUAGCUUUACAAAAGUUUGAAGUGUUUAAACUUGUAAUGAGACCACCCAUUCUGCAAAAUGAAAUUUGUGAAUACUUAGAAAUUACUUUCAAAGUAUUUCUCCAUUUUCUCCAUUAUUUACUAGUAGAACGUCAUUCAACACUAUGACAAGGAGGAAUUUAGGCCAUGUUCCAUCCACCAUGCUUUACAGAAUAUACACUGCCUGGCCAAAAAAAGGUCACCACCUGGAUUUAACUAAGCAAAUAGGUAAGAGCCUCCCAUUGGAUAAUUACUGCAUGGGUGAUUAUGUU